UCACUAUAUAAGCUGCAGAGCUUCAUUACUUCGACACCAGCACAAUUGAGCGGAUUUACAGACACUCUUGUAAACUCAGCUUCAAAGAGCCAUGAAGGUCCUUGCUGUGCUCGUCCUGGCCGUUUUCACCGGCUGCAAUGCCAACCUCUUCUACGCUGACGCUCCCAAGCCACAGCUGGAGGUAAUGACUGAUGCUUUCUGGGACUAUGUCGGCAAAGCCACCCAGACAGCUGAUGACACCCUUCAGAUGAUCAGAAAGUCCCAGUUUGGCCAGGAUAUCAGUUCCCGUCUCACCGACGGCGCUGAAGCAGCCAGCCAGUAUGCAGUCACCCUGCAGGAGCAGCUCCCACCCAGAGCCCAGGAACUGAUCACCAGAGUCACCCAAGAGGCAGAAGAUCUGAGAGAUCGCUUGAACACCGACCUGAACAACGCCCGGGAGAAGCUGGAGCCCUACACUGAGAACCUGAAGGUCCAGAUCAGAGAGAGAGUGGAGCAGCUCAAGCAGGAGCUGGCCCCCUACACCGAGAGUUUGGAUACUGAGACCCUGAGGACCACCGUCAUCCAGAAAAGCGAGGAGCUGAAGGCUCAGCUGGAGCAGAGUGUGCAGGAGCUGCAGACUCACCUGGGGCCCUACACCGACGACCUGAAGCAGAAGGUUGACCAGCACCUGGAAGACUUCAAGCAGAGAGUCGCUCCCGUGACCGAGAGAGUACAGGAUCACCUCACACAGAGAGCCCAGCAGGUGAAGGAAAUCGCUGCCCCAUACGUAGACAACCUGAGGGAGAGGCUGGACCCCUAUGCCCAGGACCUCCAGACUCGUCUCACCUCCCUCUAUGAAUCCUACAUCAAGGCCAACUAAGUCAAACUCCAGCUGACUCUGAACCAAAAGAAACUGCAUCAAAUAAAACAGAAUUUUCUCCCGGAUGCCAGAAACAUGGCAGUACAACUUUAAUUUACCUGUUUUGGAAAAGCUACAGUUGUUAGUUCAUGUAAUAGUGUCAAAAAGGUGAUACAUAACAAAUGCAUGUUGGUCUGUGACCACAAGGUGUCCGCUCCCUAAUUUAUGAAAAAUAAAACAAAAGCAAAAGAAAUUUGA